AUGGAUGCCCAGAUUUCAUCAUUUUUUGGUCCACGGCUGCUCGAGCUAGAGCCAAACCUCCGAUCAAUCCUCAAGCGGGUCUCGUACAAACUCCCAUCUGUUCUGGUCAAGCGUGCAACGCGGCUCCGAGAUCGUCUUGUUGGCGUUCUCACUCAAUACUAUUCCCUGCCCGCGGAACAGCGGACGGGGUCGGUCGCAUUCAAGGAAGUCUAUGAUGACUACAGGCAUGCAGGGCUAUCUGAUCGAGACAUUGCCGGCAUCUGGAUGAUUGCCCAUCUAUUGAACAACCCAACAGUUGUCAAUCAGAUUCGAGAAGAGAUUGCACCUAUGAUGAACGAGGAGGCGUUCGGCCCGCAUAUGCAUACGUUCGAUUGCUAUCGGUUUCUCCGAAACAAGUCGCUCCUGCGGAAAGUAGAGUUCCGCGGAUUCGGAGGGAGGCACCACUUUGUGCAGCGGCAGAACUACCGGCAGACACCAUGUUCUCGCCUUCUUGGCUAUACUGUUGUGGAGAUAUAA